CCCAUCCUGUUCACCCUCCUCCGCGGUUCUCCCCCAAGCCUGGCUGCCCCAUGCCGGCCCUCCUGCUCCUCGGAACCCUCCUGCUCCUGGCCUCGACUACCGGCCAGGCUGGGGCGCGCCCGUCCAACGCCACAAGCACCGAACCCCCGGGCCCGCUGCCCGCCCUGCUGGCGCACCUGCGGCGCCUGACCGGGGCGCUGACCGGCGGCGGGGGCGCGGCGGGCCCGGGGACCAACGUCACCAGGACCAGCACCCCGAGCUCGGCCGGCGCGGCGGCACGGGCGCCCCCUCCUGCCGAGCUCUGCCACGGCUACUACGAUGUCAUGGGCCAGUACGACGCCACCUUCAACUGCAGCACUGGCUCCUACCGCUUCUGCUGCGGCACCUGCCACUACCGCUUCUGCUGCGAGCACCGCCACAUGCGCCUGGCGCAGGCCUCCUGCUCCAACUACGACACGCCGCGCUGGGCCACCACGCCGCCGCCACUGGCCGGGGGCGCCGGGGGAGCCGGGGGUGCGGGCGGGGGACCCGGGCCCGGCCAGGCCGGGUGGCUGGAAGGGGGCCGGGCGGGUGGCGUCGGGGGGCGUGGGGGCGAGGGCCCAGGGGGCAGCACGGCCUACGUGGUGUGCGGGGUCAUCAGCUUCGCCCUGGCCGUGGGCGUCGGCGCCAAAGUGGCCUUCAGCAAGGCCUCCCGUGCGCCCAGGGCGCACCGGGAGAUCAACGUACCCAGGGCUCUGGUGGACAUUCUGAGGCAUCAGGCGGGGCCUGGGACCCGCCCGGACCGGGCACGAAGCAGCUCCCUAACCUCGGGGAUCGGGGGUCCCGACAGCAUGCCCCCGAGGACGCCCAAGAACCUCUACAACACCGUGAAGCCCUCCAAUCUCGACUGGCGGGCCAUUCCGCCGCCCAGCCCCUCCCUGCACUACUCCACACUGUCCUGCUCGCGGUCCUUCCACAACCUCUCGCACCUGCCCCCGUCCUACGAGGCCGCUGUGAAAUCUGAACUCAACCGCUACUCCUCCCUCAAGAGGCUGGCCGAGAAGGAUCUGGACGAGGCCUACCUGAAGCGCCGGCACCUGGCGGAGAUGCCCCGCGGGACGCUGCCCCUGCAUGCGCUGCGGCGACCUGGCACAGGGGGCGGCUAUCGCAUGGAAGGCUGGGGUGGCCCCGAGGAGCUGGGCCUGGCGCCCGCGCCCAACCCACGGCGCGUCAUGUCCCAGGAGCACCUGCUGGGCGACGGGGGCCGGGCACGCUAUGAGUUCACACUGCCACGCGCGCGCCUCGUGUCACAGGAGCACCUGCUCCUGUCGUCCCCCGAGGCCCUGCGCCAGAGCCGCGAGCACUUGCUGUCACCCCCGCGCAGCCCGGUGCUGCCCCCCGAGCCUGCCGCCCGCGCCAGCCUGGCUGCCUCCCACUCCAACCUGCUGCUGGGGCCCGGGGGGCCCCCCACACCGCUGCAUGGGCUGCCCCCGCCGCCCGGCCUGCACGCGCACCACCACCACCACGGCCUGCACGGCUCGCCGCAGCCCGCCUGGAUGUCAGACACCGGCGGAGGUGGGGGCACGCUGGCCCGCAGGCCGCCCUUCCAGCGCCAGGGCACGCUGGAGCAGCUACAGUUCAUCCCCGGCCAUCACCUGCCCCAACACCUCCGCACUGCCAGCAAGAAUGAGGUGACUGUCUGA